AUGAAGCACAUAGUAAAGAUUAUGGCUUUGUUGGUAGCUCUAUCAGCUUUCUGGAUUAGCCUGUUACAAGCAUCGCUACCUCUCUACUUCAUUGUAUCACUGGGGUGUUAUGGUCUACUAAUGGUUGGAGUUGGUCUCAUGAGAUUUCCUACAUGCCCGCACGAGGCAAUUCUAUUACAAGAGGAUAUUGCUGAAGCCAAGGGAUUCCUAAAGAGCAAAGGAGUGGAUAUUGGUUCUGAUUGA